CUCUUUGUUGUUUGUCAAAAUGUUGACAAGUUUAUAGUUAUAAAUUUAUAAUGGCUACAGUGGUUUAAAGGAUAUUAUCCUAAUAACAUUUUCUGAAAUUAUGUGUAUCGAAGGAAAUUUUUAAGUAUUUCAAUAAACUCUAAGGUCUAAUACUACUUUUCGGAUUAUAAACAGACGUCUAAAAUGAAGAUGGUACUGGAGGAUCGGUUUAUCACACAAAUGGUUAUACCAGUCUCGGGGGGGACGUUUUAUAAUACGAAAUGGAAAUCCAAUAGGGAACAUUUGUGCGCCUAUGACAUGCUUUACCACCCUCCAGAUUAUAAUCCGAAGUCUGCUAGAUCUGACCGACAGGAACCGAAAAUCAUACGGCAAAAUAUUUGGGAUCAGGAAAUUCACAAGGGCAUUGCUUCGACGACACACUGUCAGCUCGGUCGGCCGAAAUGGAAGCCUUUUGAUUUACCUACAAAAGAGUUUGUUAGAGUACAAGUGCAAAACGGGAAUCCUCAUGUGCGCAUUGAUGGCGUUCUGCAAUGGGCUGUGCUUCUUACUGAAGGGAAACCAAGCCUAUGUGAAUAAUCUGAAUCUUAAAGUUCGAUUGAUUUGUUAUGAAAAUGUCUUUAUUUGGUCAAUGGGUAAA